UCCCAGCACAGCUGUGGUGCAGUCCAGGAUGAAGUCGGGGCACUGGUCUUUGACAUCGGCUCCUUCUCGGUCCGAGCCGGCUAUGCAGGCGAGGACUGCCCCAAGGCGGACUUCCCCACCAGCGUGGGGCUGCAGUCGCACGAGGAGGCAGUGCUGGAGCUGGACGGCGACAAGGACAAGAAGGGUGGCAAGGCCUACUACAUCGACACCAACGCACUGCAUGUGCCCCGCGAGGCUGCCGAGGUCCUCUCCCCUCUCAAGAACGGCAUGGUGGAGGACUGGGAGUGCUUCCAGGCCAUCCUGGACCACACCUACAGCAAGCACAUCAAGUCGGAGCCUGGCCUGCACCCGGUGCUCAUGUCCGAGGCGCCGUGGAACACGCGGGCCAAGCGGGAGAAGCUGACGGAGCUGAUGUUUGAGCACUACAACAUCCCGGCUUUCUUCCUCUGCAAGACCGCUGUACUCACCGCCUUUGCCAAUGGGCGCAGCACGGGGCUGGUGCUGGACAGUGGCGCCACCCACACCACCGCCAUCCCGGUGCACGAUGGCUACAUCCUGCAGCAGGGCAUCGUGAAGUCGCCGCUGGCCGGGGACUUCAUCUCCAUGCAGUGCCGGGAGCUCUUCCAGGAGAUGAACAUUGAGAUCGUUCCACCCUACAUGAUUGCUGCCAAGGAGCCAGUGCGAGAGGGAGCCCCACCCAACUGGAAGAAGAAGGAGAAGCUGCCACAGGUGUCCAAGUCCUGGCACAACUACACCUGCAACGAGGUGAUCCAGGAUUUCCAGGCUUCGGUGCUGCAGGUCUCUGACUCCCCCUACGAUGAGCAGGUGGCGGCGCAGAUGCCCACAGUGCACUAUGAGAUGCCCAAUGGCUACAACACGGACUACGGGGCCGAGCGACUGCGCAUCCCUGAGGGGCUCUUCGACCCCUCCAACGUCAAGGGCCUGUCGGGAAACACCAUGCUGGGCGUGGGGCACGUGGUGACAACCAGCAUCGGGAUGUGCGACAUUGACAUCCGCCCGGGUCUCUACGGCAGCGUCAUUGUCACCGGGGGCAACACACUGCUGCAGGGCUUCACCGACCGCCUCAACCGGGAGCUGUCGCAGAAAACACCCCCGAGCAUGCGCCUGAAGCUCAUCGCCAGCAACAGCACCAUGGAACGGAGAUUUAGCCCCUGGAUCGGGGGCUCCAUCCUGGCCUCCCUUGGCACCUUCCAGCAGAUGUGGAUUUCCAAGCAGGAGUAUGAGGAGGGGGGCAAGCAGUGUGUGGAACGGAAGUGCCCCUGAACCCACCCCAGACCCCUUCCAAGGGUGGGGCUGAGUCUACACUGGCCCUUUCCCCUCCCCCCCACCCACAGGCCAUGUGUGGUGGGGGUCAUGGUGCUGGGGCAAGGGGGGGCAUUUUUAAUCUUUUCCUCUUGUCUGCUCUUGCCUCUCCCAGAGCUGGAGAGAACCCAGGUGUCUGGGCCUGUCUUCUGCACCCUAGCCCCACUCCCCUCCGAGGGGGCCCAGGUGUCCAGGGCUCCCAGACCCCACCCCCACUUUGGUCCAGCCAAACAGCCCCCCUUCCUCCUGGAGAACCCAGGCAUCCAGCCUCCUAGCACCCCCCCAGACCCCACUUCCUUCCCAGAACUGGAGAGAACCCAGGCAUCCAGGGGUCCAGGUCUGGCCUAAAGGGGGAGGGGGUCUCAUGAACUGGUGGGACCCCUCCCCUUGCCCCAGCACCCCCCGCCACAUGGCUGCCUUGUCCCAAAAUGUCACCAUUUC